GCAGGACGGGCAAGGAGGGUGGGGGGCGGCGGAGUCUCCUGCGGACACCGCCCGCUCCCGAGCUUCUGUCAGGGGAGCCGGGCGUGCAGAGGCGGCUGAGGAGGCGGGAAGGCGGCAGUGGUUGAAGGGGUGAUUGCUGACUAGCGGGGAGGGAGUGGGCAGCGAUGGUAAUGGCGGCGAAGAAGGGCCCGGGCCCGGGCGGCGGGGUCAGCGGGGGCAAGGCGGAGGCGGAGGCGGCCUCGGAGGUGUGGUGCCGUCGGGUGCGGGAGCUGGGUGGCUGCAGCCAGGCCGGGAAUCGCCACUGCUUCGAGUGCGCCCAGCGCGGGGUCACCUACGUGGAUAUCACCGUGGGCAGCUUCGUGUGCACCACCUGCUCCGGCCUCCUGAGAGGGCUGAAUCCCCCUCAUCGUGUCAAGUCAAUCUCCAUGACAACUUUCACUGAGCCUGAAGUAGUAUUCCUGCAAUCCCGUGGAAAUGAGGUUUGCCGGAAGAUUUGGCUGGGUCUAUUUGAUGCUCGGACAUCUUUAGUACCAGAUUCCAGGGAUCCUCAGAAAGUGAAGGAGUUUCUCCAGGAAAAAUAUGAGAAGAAGAGAUGGUAUGUCCCCCCAGACCAAGUCAAGGGGCCCGCUUAUACCAAAGGCAGUGCCUCCACCCCUGUGCAGGGCUCCAUCCCAGAAGGAAAGCCCCUUCGGACACUUCUGGGUGAUCCUGCACCGUCUCUCUCAGUUGCUGCCUCCACCUCGAGCCAGCCCGUCAGUCAGUCUCACGCUCGGACAUCCCAGGCCCGGAGCACUCAGCCACCUCCCCACUCCUCUGUCAAAAAAGCCAGUACUGACCUGCUGGCUGACAUUGGUGGAGACCCCUUUGCUGCACCCCAGACGGCACCAGCUUUUGCUGCAUUCCCUGCCUUUGGGGGUCAGACACCUUCCCACGGGGGCUUUGCCAACUUUGAUGCCUUCAGCAGUGGCCCCAGCCCUUCUGUGUUCGGAAGCCUCCCUCCAGCUGGUCAAGCCCCGUUCCAGUCCCAGCCAACUCCUGCGGCCAGUCGGAUGCUAACUGAAAGUUACAGCUUUGGGAGCAGCCAGGGGACUCCAUUUGGUGCCGCUCCGCUGGCACCCACCAGUCAGCCAAACAGCCUCACAGAUGUGGGCAGCUUCCUGGGACCCGGGGUGCCCACUGCAGGUGUUCCUAGCAGCCUUUUCGGGAUGGCCGGCCAGGUCCCCCCACUCCAGUCUGUCACGAUGGGCAGCAGCAGCAGCACAGGGCUGGCCUUUGGAGCCUUCACCAACCCUUUUGCAGCUCCUGCCGCCCAGCCCCCGCUGCCUUCCACCAACCCAUUCCAGCCCAAUGGCUUGGCGCCAGGGCCAGGCUUUGGGAUGAGCAGUGCUGGGCCUGGCUUCCCCCAAGCAGUGCCACCCACUGGGGCCUUCGCCAGCUCCUUCCCAGCACCGCUGUUCCCCCCGCAGACCCCGCUGGCUCAGCAGCAGAAUGGCUCUUCCUUCGGGGACUUAGGAUCAGCCAAGUUGGGGCAGAGGCCACUGAGCCAGCCAGUUGGGAUCUCCACCAACCCCUUCAUGACUGGACCUUCAUCAAGCCCAUUCGCCUCCAAGCCUCCAACCACCAACCCCUUCUUGUAGCACUGUGUUUUUGGGGGACCUCUUCCCUGCCUUCUGGGGCCCUCUGCUCCCUAGAGCUCUGGUGACCACUUACCUGUGGGCGUUUCUAUGGGCCUUGGGGAUGGUGGAGGUGCUAAUGCUUUGCUUGGGGCCUAUACGUGAAAGGUGACUGUCCUCAGAUUCCACAAAGCCUCUGCUCCCCUCCCUCGUCCCACCCCUACCCAGGCAGGAAGCCCAGGAGGAGUGCGGGCAGGGCCUGGCCUGGAGGAGUGAUGGUUGAGGGGAGGGAUUUUUUUCAAAUGAUCAGUUAGGACAGCCCCCUGCUCCCCUGCUCUCACUGCACAGUGCUCCCCCACUCCCAGCCCUGCGGGUGGAGGACAUUGCGAGCACAGACUGGCCAGCCUUCCCCCAUGGGAACAGCUCUUCCCUUGGCCCAGCUCGCCAGCGCUGUGCUCCUCGUGGAUGGGAGUGCAGUGGGGAAGGUAGGGGAAACACGAGGCACAGUGUUGACGGGGCAGUGACCAGACAGUCCCGGGAGCCAGAAGGCCCAGGUGGCCCAAGUGCUCUUGGUGGCCCAGCUUGGCCAGCACAUACUUUCCUCCUGCAGUACCCCCUGCUGAAGGGGUCCCCCAUUGUUUUGCUUUCCCAGCGCCCAGGAUGAGCGGUUUACCUUUGAGCUCACCCGGGCCCAGCUCCUGUCAAGCACUUUAGUUAGCUGUUGGUGUCAUGUUUGGAUACCAGUGUUUUAUAUUUAUACAUAGAGAGGAUUUUCUAAUAUAGCCUAUUAUAUAUAAAUAGAUCUAUCUAUAUGCACAUACAUAUAUACACACACCCAGCCGAUCUCCCGCUCCCAGACUGCUCUCAUAUGUGGGGAAUGGGAUGAAUCCCCAACUGUGCCUCGACCAUCAAAGCCGGAGCUCCAGGGCUGGAGGGGGGCAGCUAUGUGUCCUGACCCCCACCAUCCCCAGAGCCUGGGUUUUCCAGGGAAAGGCUUUGUGCAAUUGCCUGGUCUUUUUUUUUUUCCUCCAUGUGCCUCCCCAUCCCCAAAUCGCUGCACCAAAGCUCAUUGCAGGCAGUGUUAGAAAAGAACUGCAUUUGAAUGAAAGAGAAAAUGGCUCUCAUGGUUUUGCUUCAGGCCACUUUGAAGGGUUGCAGGUCAGUCAGCAUGACUGAUCCUUGACCUGGCUCUGCUGGGCUGGACUGCCUGGGCCAGUGAUGAUGCUGCCAUUGGCCAGAGACAGGGCACAGCUGGUCCCUGUCUAAACAAGGGUCCUGCAUUAGCAACGAGAAGCAGCGUGGCGGGAGAGGGGCCGCCACUGCCGGGGACUGGAGUUUGUUUGAUGUGAGGGGAAUGCCCACUUGGGGUCAGGGUGGGCAAAGGAGGUUGGUGCCAACGUGGAGGUGGAAGUAGGCCCCUCCUGGGUCUGGGACAUUCUCUGCCCCAGGCUCUUUCCACCUGGGGAUGUUGUGGCAACAGCCGUGGUGUCUGGGCUAUUUGUGUGGUGACAAGACAGACCUGGUCAGGGGGUGGGUGGCAAACACCUCACCUGGCUGGGCAGAGGCCGCCUUGCUGUUUGGCCCAAGGACAGGAGAGGCCCCUCCCUUUCCACCAUUGCCCUGGCCCCGUGGCCGUUCAUUCUUGGGGUUUGUCUGGGUCUUCCACAGAGAGCAGCAAAGAGAUAUGGGAAUUGGGUGAUUGGUGUAUUUACUCUGAAGAUUUUUCUGGAAAUACCUCUAGCUGCUGCUAUUUUCUAGGCCAGGCUUGGCAUCCCUGUCUUUUCCAAAAAUCAGGACCCAUCUUUUCUGUUCCUGUUCUUCUGCCAGCCUCUGCCCUCCUUCUGUCUCCUGGGUAGUCUCCUGCUUCGCUCCCUGACCUUUGCUUGUUCCAUCUCUUCUCUUUCUCCCCUCUUCGCCACCCUAGAUUAUUUCUGUGUCCCUCUACCUAAUACUCUUACCAGUUCUUUCCUUUCUGCUUAGAGCUGGAGGGAGGGCAGCUGGAAUCUGUUAUGGUGUAUUAGGGGGAGGAGCCUUUCUGUUCUUCCCCCACCAGCUUCCAUCACCCUUGCCUUAUGCCAGGAGCAUCGAGGUUUGGAACUGAGGCUAAACCGAAGGGCUUUCCCCCGCUUCUGUCACCCCAUACUGUGUCCCGGCGUCUCUUCACUGUCUGGGUCCAGACCUGGGUCCUCCCUGCAGACUCCCUCCCCUCCAGCCCACAAGGACUCCAGCCUGCUCGCUGGCCAGAGCUAGAUGAGCAGUAAGAAGUUAACGCCAGGUCAGCCUCAGGCCCCAGGGUUCUUUGGGCACAGGCUGACACUAGGAGCUGCACUCCUUGGCUGGGGACAGCCUCAGCAGCUCAGGCUCCAGCACAAUGAGCCACCUCUCCUGGAGAGUAGCAAAGAAUGGAGAAAGGCCUGGCCUGAGAGGAAAUGGAGAAAACAUUGCCUGGUAGCUGCAGAUUCAAACCCACUGCACACACCACGGGGCUACAGUGACUUGCCUGGGCUCACACCAGUCUUCUGACCGUGCUCUGCUGACAGCAGUCCUCUAGCAUGGCCCCAGCAUUCAGCCGGUCACCUGUGGGCCAUCCCCAUGUGUGAGGAAGCAGGAGUCAGCCCCCAAGUGUCUCCACUUUGGAGCUUGCGGGUCAGACCUGCGGGCCAGGAGAUGGGAGCAGGGCUGAGGGUAGGGGCUGAAGGUGUGGCUCUGUCCCUGUGUUGCCUUCCACAGAGGGGCAAGGCCUCAGGCUGAGGAAGGAAGGAAGGGCACGCUGGAACAGCCUAGUCUCUUCCCUGUGGAUUCCCCCAACUCCAUAACAUUCCUCCAUAGGGGCUGAGAACGCAGUGCCCCGUCCCUGACGGAUGAAAAGUGUACCCUUCAGGUCGGGAGAGGCAGAGCUGAGGUUCUGCCACUUCCUGUCCCUGGGGAGCCACUCAAGUUACCAGGGCUACCCGGCUGAAAUAAAUAUUUUCAGGGUAGGGCCAAGGGCAGUGUGUUGCCAAGGCAACUGAUGUAGGCCAGUUGCGUGACUCCAGGCUUGUCCUGGUACUCAGUGGGUCCGAUCACCUGGCACUGAUCACCUGGCAUUGAUCAGCACCCACCCCACCCCUGAGGCUUGCCCAGACACCAGACCCUCAGAUCCCUGCUCUUCCUGCCUUUCCUGCCCAUGCAUCACCUAGCACCCAAGGUUCAGUGACAGGGUGGUUUGGAGCUGGUCACUGUCAUAGCAGCUGUGAUUUCACAAGGAAGGGUGCUGUAGGAGGACCUGGUUGAUGGGGAAUGGGAAGGGGAGGGUAUAAAGAGAUCUUCCUCAGGUA